AUGAUGAAGCUAGGGGAAGUGGAGGACGGAAUACGAGAGAAAAAGGAUUACAUUAUUAAAGAUAUCCAGGAAACUAAGGCUAAAGUAAAAGAAAAAAUUGAAGAAGUUGUGGAGAGGGAAAAUGUAUUCACCAUUCCUAAUAUUUUGUGUGUGGCGCGAAUUGUUAUGUCACCUUAUUUAGGCUAUGUUAUUCUUGAAGAUAAUUAUAACUUAGCCUUAGGCUUAUUAACAUUCGCAGGAAUUACUGAUUUGCUUGAUGGGUGGAUUGCUCGAACAUGGAAGGGUCAGUCAACAAAAAUGGGUUCAUUCUUAGACCCCAUGGCAGAUAAAGUUCUGAUAGCUACUUUAUUCAUAUGUCUUACAUGGCAAGAGUUAAUACCACUCUCACUGACUUUGCUAAUAGUUGCAAGGGAUGCUGCAUUAGUGACUGCUGGUUUUGUUAUAAGAUAUAAAAGUCUACCUCCACCUAGAACCUUGAGCAGAUAUUUUGACGUGACGCACGCAACGGCGCAACUUGCUCCUACUUUCAUAAGCAAAGUCAACACUGCAAUACAAUUGUUAUUGGUGGGUACUACACUUGCAUCACCUGUAUUUGAUUACAUCCAUCAUCCUGCUUUGCAAGUCCUCUGUGGAGUAACUGCUGUGUCUACCAUUGUAUCUGCUGCCAGUUAUAUGAUUAGCAAGGAUACAUAUAAAAUUUUUAAGAACAAAUUA